AUGCUGAAGAAUAAUCCUGAUUUUGUGAAUCUCAACCUCAGCUCAUUCAUAGAGAAGAUAGAAGCCCAUGAGCUGGAAUUGCUGAAAAUCAAGAAGAUGAAUUCAGCGAGUGUGCAGCAAGAUGUAUCUCUGUAUUACAAAGGCAAUACUCCAGUUGCAACCAAUCAAAGUCCAAAGAUACAGACGGGUUUUAUUGCUGAGAACACCUCAAGUGCUUCUUCAAACACUCCUCAAUCAAGCAAGUCUUCACCAUUCAUGAACUUUGAACCAAAUGUCAAAGCUCAGGAACAGCCUUCACCUCAAAGUUCAACAGGAUCCAACAAUCAGGCUUACGUUUCUGGGGUGCAGGGUAACAUUGCGGUGAAUAUCAAAAACGGAAACGAGAUUACUGAAACAGCCGCAAAACAACACAUUGCACUACUUGCUUCCGUUCUGGAGGCUUAUGAAGGUUUAGUGGCAGGGAGGAUUGUGAACAAUCAUCAAAACCCGUUCACAAACGACUAUUACAGGCAAGUGAUCUAUCACCGACCAAACCAACAGCCAGCUGUUCAGAGGCCGCAGAUCGAGAACAAACCGGAAAAGGCGCUGAUCGUGAAUCAAGACGAUGAAAAAGUAGCUGAAGGUUUCAGCUGGGAUAAAUAUAUUCCCGGAAGCGAUGGGCAGGCCAUGAUGGCAGAAGUAGUUGAAAUAUCUGAGAUGGUGUCUGAGCCAGAAAUAGUUACUGAAGAUGUUUCUGUGGUUGCUGAAGAGGUUUUUGUUGAAAAUGUGGUCGAUAUUGAAGAAAUAGCUGCUGAAGUGUAUUACUACCAGUCAGAGCAGGAGGUAUUGGCAAGUUCAAUGAAAUCGAUAAUGCCUCCUAAAAUUUUUGAAUCUUUUGCAGGUUAUUUCGAAGAACCAAAGACCGGAUCAUGUCCAAGAUUUGAAGAGAAGAAAGAAGUUGUCGAAGAAUUGAUAGACGUGUCGAAAGAGCUGACUGAAGAGGCAUUGAAAGACAUAGCUGAUAAAGCUCUCAUGGGAAAGCUAAGAGAGGUAGACUCAGAACUCGAGAAGUCAGAGUCUGUCAGUACUGUGUCGGUCAAAAAAGAGUCUGAUCAGAAAUCUGGAGUACAGGAGAUCAAAUCAGUCAAAAUGUCUAAGUCAGAGUUAAACAAUGUCGAUGGGGUGGAAGCUGCUUUGAAUCUCAAGUUGAGAUCGAUUGAGGAUGAUUUGCCUGAAAACAUAGAUGUCACAUUCUCUGCAUCCGACACCGACAAUGAAUUACAGGUUAUCAAAACAGUUGUCGAUCAGGUGUUGGAUGAGGAGAGUGAUAAAUCUGAAAAGUCUCAAUCUGAAAAGGUUGUUUAUGAUUCUGAAGAUGAGGACAAACUUUAUUCCGAUUUCGAGUAUCCUCUUCAGAAUGUGAAGAUUGAAAAUGUUGAAAAAGUGUUUAAGCUGGUUGAGAUGAACAUUAAUGAGGUCAAUAACAAUGAAUUCUUUUCAAAACCUAAAAAAUCGUUUGUUACAUCACAUCCAACAAGUUCGGGAAAGAAAGAAGGGGAUGGUUUUGAGAAGAAAACGGCUAAGCAAGUGUUUAAGCCGAAAGAGAAGAUGAAUGAUAUUUUUGUCGCUGGUCCGAGUGUUGAUGAUGAAAAGGACUAUAUUUUUAGUCAAAAGGCUGUGGACGAUUUCAAUGCAGCAAAAAAGUUGAAAGAGGAGACAGCUAAAUCAACGUUUGUCGAAUAUGACAAAAGGGUGUGUUAUCGCUGCAGUGAAAUUGGACACAUGGCGAAACAGUGCAAGAAAGUGAUUGUGAAACCUGUUUUUGUAAAACCAAGUGUUCAAAAACAAACUGUUCCUAAACCAACUGUUCAAAAAUCAAACGUUCAAAAACCUCGACCAAAAUCACCGAUUGAUACAAAAGGUAAAAAGCCGAUGGUUUCUCCGAUUCGCAUUUUAAAGAGAGGUGAAUCUUUGAAGUCGGAGGAUAAGCCGAAAUCGACUUUCGAGGUUGGAGAAUCCUCUAAGUCUUGCAAGACUUCAAAAAUUUACCCUAAAACAAAAGUUUUCGAAAACCAAUCUUGGGCCGCGAAGUCAAAACCAUCUGUUGAGGUCAAAAAGAUGGAGAAUGCUUUGAAAAUUGAAUCAAAUAUUUUUAAAGAUGACGUUGUUGAGUUGGAAAAUGAAAUUGAUAAAUUUCUUGCUGAGUUUCCCCCGAUAACCAAUAAAGUAAAAUCAAUUGUGAAAGAAGAGGUUUCUAAUGUCACAUUUAACUUUCCGAAAACAGUUGAAAAGUGUGAUGUAGUGUUCGGCAGUGUGUCUGAGGGGCUGCCCAAGUCUAUACUGUCAAAAUGGAUCAUGGAUAGUGGUGCUUCAAGGCAUAUGACUGGGACGCUAGCUCUUCUCUAUGAUGCCAAAUCCAUCAAUGGAAGCUAUGUGGGUUUUGCCAGGAAUCAAGGCGGGAGAAUCGUUGGUCUAGGAACAUUGACAAAUGGCGUGAUUUCGUUUGACAAAGUGAACUAUAUAGUAGAGUUAGAAAACAAUGUACUCAAGGUGGAAUCCGCUCCAACUUUUGACGAGGAACCAAAUGAUAAUUCGACGGAAGCUGAGGAUAUAACUGUUGAUCUUGAUAUAUCGAAUUUGGAGUCGGAAGUGAUAGUGCCUGACACCGUUAUGCCACGGACUUUGUCUUACCAUCCGUCAGAGCAGAUAAUUGGUGACCUGCAAAGUGGUGUCAAAACCCGAGAUCAAAUAAACCGAGCUCUUACAUGUUUCUAUUCUUCUAUUGCUGAUGUACAAAAAGAAGUCUCAUUGAAGUGUUUUAUUUCGCAGAUCGAGCCCAGAACUUACAAAGAGGCAUUGACUGAGGAUAGCUGGGUAAAUGCGAUGCAGGAGGAGCUGCAACAAUUUGAAAAACUGGGUGUCUGGAGACUCGUCGAUCUGCCACAGAACCAGAAGUUAAUCAAAACAAAGUGGGUUUUUAAGUGCAAACGAGAUGAUAGAGGUGUCGUGGUGAGAAACAAAGCGCGUCUAGUGGUACAAGGCUUUAGUCAACAAGAAGGCAUCGACUACGAUGAAGUUUACGCGCCGGUUGCCAGACUCGAGGCAAUUCGGAUUUUUCUAGCCUUCGCAUCUUGGAAAGAUUUUAAAGUGUACCAGCUGGACGUCAAAUCUGGCUUCCUUUACGGAAAAAUCAAAGAAGAAGUCCAUACCAAGGGAAGUUAUGAUACAAUGAGCGAUUAUCAAAUGAACAUGGUCACUGCAUUAGUUUUAAACAAGAAAUACAACUUCUCGCAUAUUGUCUUUCACUAUAUGGCCGAGAAUAUUACUACGAAGUGCAAGACUUGGAUGUAUCCUAGAUUCGUGCAGAUGUUAAUCGAUCAUGCUUAUCCAGAGAUAGAACGAAAUUUAAAGAAUGACUUGUUAGUUCAGUCACAUAUGAGCAACGAUUCGCUCAAACAGCUUGCGAGAUACCAUCCAAAUCACCCUGAACCAAAGAUUGGUGCUGAAUUCUUCGGAUUUAUAAAGGAUGUGAAUUACGUUGAUCCUGAUCCAGUUGAUCAUCAAAACUGGAGAAACGAAGAAGAAAUGAAGGAAGCAGCCCAUGCUGAAGAGCUAAAAACUCUUGUGGAGUUCAAAAACACAAGAAAUGAUUGGUUUGUCAAAGAAACGAGGAGGAGACGCAGAAAGGUUACUCCUAAAGUAAAAGAGGGUGAGGGAUCUUCAUCACAACCGAAGAAGAAACAAAAGAAAGCCACGAAAACGUUAUUGAUUGAUGAACCUGAAGAAGAUGAGCCAGUUGUAACUGCGGAAGAAGAUCCGUAUAAUGUUGAUGAAAAUUUGAUGUUUAAUGUUGAUGUAUUAGAGACAGAGCAAGCUAUUGAGGUAGAAGCUCAGAAAGAGAAAGUUAUUGACGAUAUUGAAGGUGAUGAUGUUAAUAAAGAUACAACAAGCUCCUCGAGUUCUUCAGAAGAUGAAAUAGAUGAAGCUGAACGUUUAAGAAGAAUUCAGGAAUCAACAAAGAAAGAGAAAUUGUUGAGAAAGAGGAAGAGGCAAGAGAAAGAAGAUGCUCCAUAUGUGCCAUCCCCACAACAUGUUUCUGAUUCACAAUCUCCUUCAAGUGGCAGAAAGAAAGCCGGGGCAAGAAGGAAAGUUGUAUCUCCAAAGAUCCGAAAAGUUACUCCAGAGAUUUCAAAGCCGAAGAUCGUUUUAAAGAAGAAACCUUCCAAAGAAACCAGUCUUCAUAUUCCUCAUGAUAAUCUUGAAGACAUUGGAGAUUUCGGCUUUGCAAACGAUGAACAAGUUAAGAAGUUGGAAAAGAAGAUGGAUGAAGUGUUGGAUGAAAACAAAAAGUUAGCUGCUGAGAUCAAGAAAGUUUCUGAUCGUGAGAAAAUUCUUGAAAUGCGUGUGAAGAGGCUGGAGACUGACAACAAAGAAUUGUUGAAGAAGAUUGACACUGAUCAAUCAGAGAUUGAUAUCUUGAAAGUACGAGUUGCUGAACUUGAAGAAGAAAAAACUCGAAGAGAUGAACAGAACAAAUACUUCAAGAUGAAGAAUAAAGAGCUUGAAGCGGCGAAAGCAUUUAGAGAGCAUGAGUUCUAUAUGUUAAACAAAGUCGUUGAAAGUAUGCUUGGAAAGUUAGUUGAACAAAAGUUUGAAGAGAUUCAAGUUGAAGAACUCAGGGCAAAAUGCCAAGCCGAGAUUGAUGAACAGAUGAAAGAUAAAGGUAAAGGCGUUGAAGGUAGUUCAGCAGUGACAGAGAGAUCAAUUGUUCCUUCCUUGGUUGUUGAGAAUCCUGAACCUAUAUCUGCUAUAUCUGGUCUUUUUGAGGAAGAACACCUCUUGAAGAGCUAG